GAGUUACCCCGACGGUUGGUUGUUGGCGACCUCGGGAGUUGCGUGCCUGCGUAGAUCACGGUAGACCGUGUGGCCGGGAGUGGGACCCUCAGCGUCAAGCCGUCAUACCAAAACUGACGUCAGGUAAGCUGGUUCACCAGCAGAAACUAGCACGCCACGCUACACACACACACGCGCGUAAAGGUUGAUAGGUAUCAUUGAUUACUCGGGCCACCCGCCCGCGCGACGGAGGCGGCGGGGUCGCCGGCAUCAUCAUGCUCCUGCUCACAGCGUCGAGACGGCUGGCUCCCCCCGUCUUCUCUGCAGCCCACCCCCUUUGCAGGUCCCAUUCCUCGACGAGCGCGUCAUCGGUGCCGAGACCGCCACGCCGAGCAAAACCAGCAUCGUCAGCAUCACCGGCGGUGUCACCACCAGAGUCCUCACCAGAACCCUCAGAGUGGGCACGCUUGUCGCAACUGCGUCGAGAAUCAAGAGACCAAGCCACAGACUGGGGCAGCGAUCUCCCGCGCUGGGCGAUCAAAGCAGUGCUCGCAAAGGAGAAGAGGAAGGCUACGCCGAAGAUGGCUACACCGAAGAUGGCGGCCUCGAAUCUGCCCGUGUCCAACCCCAACGCUUCCCCAGGUGAGAGGGAUAAGGCUCCCGGUGACGCAGCGUAUCGCCAGGCCAUGCCAUUUGACAAGGGGCGGCCAGAAGCGGCUCCUCGUAGGCGUGAAGCUGAGCGGGACGAGCCUGGUCAAGAGGGACACCGGCCGAAGAGACGACGGCACCCAAAGCAGCCACCACGGCACCAAGUCGACCUGUCGGAGAUCGAGCAGCCGUACGCCGUGGCCCUCGAGACCGACAAGCCGCACCGGGACGCCAUCUCGUCCCUGCGCAGGCAGUACUUCCCGCCCGAACGGCUCAAGGUGGACGCCCACCUCACAAUCUUCCACGCGCUGCCGGGCGACCGGCUGCAAGACAUCCGCAAUGUCCUCACGCGCGUCGCCGGGACGAUCAGGCGGGAAGGGCCCGGGAGCAUGAGGAAGCUGCGGAAUCUGAUGCACGGCAAAGCGGCAAAGCAGCAGGCCAGGCCUUUGGGCAAAAAGGCCGUCGAGGCGCAGGCACGUGCAGACGGACGGUUCAAUCUUCACAUCCGGCCGCGCGGCGACAGCGUGUCCGGUAGCAGCACAGCCCUGAUGCUACAGCUCAGCAAGCCAGAUACACUGCAGCAGAUCCGACGGCAGAUGCAGCACGCGCUGCAGCACCUUGGCGUGCCCCUGACUUCGCAGGACCUGAACGAACACUGGGGGCCGCACUACACGAUCGGCAACUAUUUUCAGAGUCCAGAGGCCCGCGAGGCGGCGGCCCGGGAUGCCGAGGUCGCGCUCCGCACUCCUGGGCUGAGCUCCGUGAGGCACGGCAAGGCGCACGGCUUGGUGUUGUGGCGAUAUGUCAAUAAAGGCUGCGACAAGGGCCAAUGGGUCGAUCCCGAGAGGUUCCUGUUCUACACGCCCGGUGAGGGUGAGGAUGGAGAGGAAAGCCCGCCCCUAGCCAAAGAGGACGUCCGGCCCGUUUCCGAUCCUGGGCUGGAUGACGGUGCGCGAUAACAUCAAGCGCCCUCCUUGGCCAGGAAACAAAAUUAAAGAUUGUGGUGCGGAGAUGGAAACUAAUACCGAUAGGGAAUCAUCAGCAAAAUGAUCAGCUGAAUAGGACU